UCUUCAAAAUGGAUUUUUCUAACAACUGAAUAGUAUGAAAUGUUUUAUUGUGAUAAAUUUAUAAUUACAAUUUUGUUCUUAAGUUUCGGUUUAUGUAUGAUAUCUGCAAUUAGUGAUCAACUUAAAGACUUUCACAAAGCUUUCGAUGAAGCAAAAAAUGAGUUACAAGACAUUAAGAGUAUAGUUGGAGAUCAUGAUGAUCGAUUAUUGCGAAAGCGACGACGUACGAUUGAUGAUCUGCUCGCAAAUUUUGAACGAGAAGUCAAUAUUGCAGAUGAUUUGGAAAAUGGUGAUAGCUGGUAUCGUGAGCUUCGUGCAAAAGAGCUUAAAAACAGCGAUGGUUUUAGCAAUUGGAACUACUCAAACAAGAAGAAAAAAAAGAAAACUGAUAUUAACGAUAUAUUCAAUGAUAUUGAAAAAUCGAAUCAAAAAAGCUUUAGUGUAGAUUACACAGAUAAUAUUGAUAGUAUUUUAGCAAGUCCAUUUGAAACGAAACAUCAAGAAAGUCGUGGAGCAAAUACUGAUUUAUUUAGCAUUACGAACCCUUUAAAUAGUUUCGAUAUUGAAAAAGAUGUAACUCUGAAUUUUAGGCCGAAAAAGAAAGAAAAGAAAGAAGAAGAUGAAGAAUAUGUUGAUCCAAAUCCAUUUUCCUAUGAAAGAACAAUACAAAAUAUACAUUUUCCCAGUGUUACUUCCUAUGAACCGAAUAAAAUUGAUUAUUCACAUGAAGCAAAUUACAAGUUAUCAAAAGUGGAGCAAGAUGCGGCAGAGAAGAAGAAAAUCAAGCCCGGCUGGAAGAAUACCUUUAAUAAACGUAGCUAUACUUCCAAUAAUUUUAAUCCUAUGAAUGAAAUUAAAUUAAAAACAAGUCAUCGUUUAAUGCGUAAAGGUAUGGGUCCAUCUUUGCCAAGCAAUUCUUUGAGUGAAGUCAGGCAUGAAAUGUUCAUAGAUGAUGUGGUCAAGCGUUUAGAAAAAGGAUCGAGUGCUAAACUAAAGGAAGAUGAUAAUAAACGGAAGAAUAUAGAUGCCUUGGAUGAAAUAGAGAAAUUGAUGUAUGUUAAUGGCGUCAAUAAUCAAGAUUAUAUACGUUUCAAACGUUUAAAUCAAUUUCCGGAGCUGGUGAAAAUUUCGGGUGAUAAUCAGCUUGUAGGAGAAGAAAAGCAAGGUAUUCAUGACAGCGAUAGUGUGAGAUUUAAUAUGAACGCAAAUUUGAAAGAAAAAACAAAUGUAAACGAAGAAGCAAAUCUGGUGGAAAGUCAUUUAGAAGAAGGUAAUCCGGCAUCAUUGUCGGAAGAUGUCGAGGUCAAUGUUGCAAAAGGAGAGAUUAAAAAACAACCAGAAAUUGAUAUUGGUGAACAGAAACAAAAACGUUGUACUCCUGUGAAAAACAGUAAGGAUGAACAAAAGAAAGCAACUAAUGAGGUGAAUUCAUACAAUAAUGACGAUAUUACUGAAGAACAAGGAAGUCGAUUCAAGCGUACAGAAAAUGUAGAAAACAGUAGAAGGUAUCGGCAAAAUGAGUUACUACAUAAAAAUUUUGCUGAUACCUCGCUUGAAAAUCAAAUAGGUGAAGAAAGUGAGAAUUCAAAAAAGACCAAACGAGAUGAAAAUUACGGUGAUGCUUGGAAAUUAAUGACCUUGGAUAAUAUUGGUCCUUAUAAGAGGCCAAUAUUGAGAAGAUCUAGGCGACAUGUAUUUUCUGAAGAUGAGUUAAUUAGAGAUAAUAGAGACUUCGAUAGUUUUGAAACUAAUGAAGAUAGUGAAUUUCUACGAUUUAGAAGAUCGACGAAGAAUAGUAAUAUUCGAAAUGUGUUAGCAAAUAUAGAAAAAAAGAAUAACAUAAAUGUGGAUAGCACUAUUCCUUUGCGAAGAGUUAAACGUUUCAUACACAAAACUAAUACAAAAGAUGCAGACGUUAAUGAUACAACAGUAGCGCAUGUGAUAAGUAAACGCGAGGUACCCGCUUUCGAUGAAUUAGAAGAUAAUAACAGUGCUAUACAUAAGUAUGCCGAUCAAUUGGCUGAAUACCGGCAGGGCGCCGGACAUAGAGAAGAAGAAGCACGGCAACAUAAAAAAAGACAGGACAUACAAGAAAGACAAGUACAACAGGAACGACGAAAACGUAAAAAAAAACCAUAUGAUUUAAGUGAAAAAGCCAAAGAGUUCGAUGAAGAGUUUGACAAUCUUAAACAAAAGGAUCAAAAUGCUGCUAAGUUUGAUGGUUCAAAAUUUGAUAACUUAUGGUACGACCAGAAUGAAAACAAUAAUAAAGCAGCUUCUAAAAAUACCAAUGCUCCGAUGGGUGGUGAGUUGGAUGAUGAUCUCAGCAAGUAUGUCUCUAAUAUCAAUCAAAAGUUUGUAGACGAAGGUAAACGUAGCAGUGCAAAAAGCGAAAAAAAGGAAAAGGAUAAAAACUUAGUGCUAUCUUUAGGUGAUCAGAUACUUAAUUGCACAAGCAUUGCCAGUUUAGAAAAAUUUUUAAAAGGUGUAGCAAAGGCAAAUGAAUCUGCAGCAGACUCAAAACAAGACACGAAAGACGAUAAAAAUGGUGCAAAGUCAGAUGCUAAAGCCAAGUCAGAUGGUAAAGCAAAUGAAGGCAAGAAUUCAGAUAGUAAUGCGCCUAAGGAGGAAGUAAUAAAUAUUGGCGUAUUGGCUGUGCCAACAGAAAGUACUAAUAAUGCUGCUCAGCCAAAUCAACCUGAUCAAGGAGAUCAAACAUCUGAUGCAAAGAAUAAGAAGGAUAUGAUGAAGCUUAAUAUUACAAUUAAUGCAAGCGUUCUGGGUGAUCAAAAAGCGAAAAACUAUUUUGGUAACGGCACAAUUAAUGUGGAACCAGGACAUAUCGAAGAACGUAACAGAAGAGACCUUAAGCGUUAUAACAAUAAUAAUAAGCGAAAAUCAGAUUGCAGCGAUGAUGACAAUCCACUUGAGGGUAUGCUGAAUGGUAAAGUUUCCACUCAAGUUGUAAAAUCCGUAUUUAGUAUGGUUCGUACAAAUCCUAAACUGAAAGUACUCUGGCCUAGCUUGAGGCGUAAUAGGUUUAUAAAAAAACAAAUGGACAGUUUGUAUCCUGUAAGAAAUCAAGACAAUGAAAUGGAAGUACAGAAAACAGAAAGAUUACUGAAGAAGGUGAUGGAAACCAUUAACAGUAUUGUCGAUCAAGAAGUACGUGCUCAUACUUGUGUAUCAUUACGUCCGGAUUUAGUAGAGUUUUACGAAUUGAUCUUGCGUACUUCAAAAGAAAAUGAGAAGGGUCGCGAUAAACGUGAUAAUACCGAUAGGGAAACUGAUGCAGAUUUUGCACAACAAAUACGUUCAUUAGAUCCAAAUAAAAUUGAAGAAAAAUCCAGAAUAGUAAAAAAAUUAUUAAAACAAUAUGAAGAAUUGCCACAGGAAGAUCAAGAUCAGGUGGUUGAACUACGUGAUGAUUUACUCAGCAAUCUUUUGAGUUUGCAUAAAUUGAAAGUGGAUCAGGAUGUGCUGUUAGAGAGACGUAAACGGAAUUCGAUUGAUAGUCAAAAGAUUAGAGCAGAUACUAAUGAAUUAGAUUUGCUUAAGGAAAUGAAAACUGAUUUUUCGCCAGCAUUCUUAAAACUUUUGAAGACUUCUGAACUUUUUAGAGAAGCCAGCGAAGAAGAUCAAAUAUGAAAGGAUAUAUUUAUUUUUUAUGGAUAUAGUGAUAUUUGAUGUAUAUAUUCUGUACCAGUUUACUUUAUAUAUUUGCUAUUAAGUUUUCGUUUUUUGACAUUUAUUUGACAUUUA